AUGACAGACUUUAGGGCAGCUCUAAAGCCCCGCUCAGGGCCUAAGGCAGGGUCUGAGAUCAAGACAAGCACCCCAACAAAGGUUGACUUUAGGUCACUGCUCAACAAGAAAGAUGGUUCACCCAAAACACCUGCUGCCACGCCACCUCCGAGCAGCACAGCUUCAGACUUCAGAAGGAAAAGAAAGCAAAGUGAUGUCAAUGGCGUAAAUGGGGGUGCAGUUGAUAAAAAGGUUAACACAAAGGAAAACGCAACGACAGAGAAAAAAACCAGCGGCACUGAUGCAGGGACAACUGAGAAAAAGGAGAAAGUCAGCUCAGAGAAGAAGACAACUGAUGGACAGAUAACAGAGACAAAUGACAAAAAGGCAAAAGUUGUGAAUGGAGGAGAGAAGGAUGCGGGAAAGCUGCCCGUUUUCAAACAGCCCCUCAGUGACAUCGCUGUGGUGGAUGGUGAGAGACUGAGGUUAGAGUGUCAGGUGACCUCUGACCCCCAAGCCGUCAUCACCUGGAUUCUUGAUGGGAAAAUUGUGAAGGCAUCCAAGUUCAUUGUCUUAUCACAGGAAGGUGAAAAGUGUUCACUUACAAUCGACAAGGCUCUACCGGAGGAUGAAGGACGCUACACAUGUAAGGCAGAGAACGCACACGGUAAAGCAGAGUGUUCCUGUAUGGUCACUGUAGAUGAUCCCUCAGACCCAUCAGCAGAUAAGAAAAAUAGGAAGAGCUCUUCUUCAACUCCCACUACAGAAAAUGAAGCCAGAAUAAAGAAGAAACCAGCUCCCCCCAAACAGGGUUCUCCGCCACAGUUUCUGCAGUUCCUGGAGAUCAGAAGAUCAGGCAGGAGAAAAGGUGAGCUG